AGGUUGCUAGUGUUGCGUGAUUUACGUCGGACGAGCUUGGCUGCGGUAGUGGAUAGCUUAUUUAGCUGGUUGGUUACUUACGUCUGCAGGCAGGUAGUCACAGUUGUUAUUUAAUCAGAACGUAGGGAUCGUUAGCUGAAACCCCCGUUAUCUGGAGGAGAUAUCAUCUCUUUCAAACAGUUGGAGUCCAAGUCGUUUCAGCAGCGGCGCAGACAUGUCAGAGACAUACGAUUUCCUGUUUAAGUUCCUGGUGAUCGGCAGUGCUGGGACGGGGAAAUCCUGCCUCCUCCACCAGUUCAUUGAGAGCAAGUUCAAGCAGGACUCCAACCACACCAUCGGUGUUGAGUUUGGCUCCAGGGUGGUGAAUGUCGGCGGGAAGACGGUCAAACUGCAGAUCUGGGACACGGCCGGUCAGGAGCGCUUCAGGUCUGUGACGCGCAGCUACUAUCGUGGGGCAGCAGGGGCUUUGCUGGUCUAUGACAUCACAAGCCGGGAGACGUACAACGCCCUGACCAACUGGCUGACGGACGCACGCACUCUGGCCAGUCCCAACAUCGUCAUCAUCCUGUGCGGCAACAAGAAGGACCUGGACGCCGACCGCGAGGUCACCUUCCUGGAGGCGUCUCGCUUUGCCCAGGAGAACGAGCUGAUGUUUCUGGAGACCAGUGCUCUGACAGGAGAGAAUGUGGAGGAGGCCUUUCUGAAGUGUGCCCGCAACAUCCUCAACAAGAUCGAGUCAGGUGAGCUGGACCCGGAGCGAAUGGGAUCAGGUAUCCAGUAUGGCGACGCGUCCCUCAGGCAGCUCCGGACCCCCAGAGGUUCUGCAGCUCAGAACAAACAGCAGUGCAGCUGCUAGGGCCGGACCCCUCCCCCUUCCCAUACGCCUGCCCCCGCACACACCCCUACAGCCCUGUUCCAUGUGUUUCUGGGUUUGGACGCUGUCCUCCCGCCCUCUCCGCUGUGACCCUCACACAUCCAGAAACAUCUGAACGACACUGUUCCCAUGACGACCGUUAGCUCCCUGUGACCCCUGACCUGUGGUGAGAGCCAAUCAGCAGGCUGGUUCCGCCCCCCUGUGGAAGGACAUUGGUUUGAUGCUGGCCAGGGGGAGGGGCUAAUAGAGGCUCCCCACUACAACCCUCUCCUGUGAUUCUACACACACAGACAAACACCCUCACACACACACACACACACACACACACACACACACGCUCUACACACACACACACACACUCACACACACACGCUCUACACACAUUAACAUAUGUAUACACUCCAUUAGAAACGCGCAGGAACAGACAUACACACACCUAUACACACACGUCUAACACGAGGAGAAACACACAUGCACAUGCAUAACCACUGAACGUAUAUAU